CCCCGGGAAGGCGGCCCCAGCGGGGAGCCUAGCCCCCGCCCCGCCGCAGCGGCCCCGGCUCUCCGGCAGCCGCCGCCCCACAGCCCCGCAGGCUCCCUGGCACCCGGAAACGGCAGCAUCGACGCGGGGCUAGGGCUUUCCCCCGGGCAGAGAUGAGCGGGCUCGGGCCGGCCGCUGAGGCGGCGGGCUGGCGGCUGGACAGCGAGGUCUUCCUCCCCGAGGAGACGCGCGGCGCCACACCUGUGGAUUUCCUGCAGCAGCUGCCCAGCUACCAGUCGGCGCUGAGGCGCCGCGCCACCGCCGGCACCCAGGACCGGCGGGCGGCCUCCCAGGACCCCGCGGGGCUCCGCGCUGCUGAGGGCCGUGGGCUGCAGCAAGAGGGAGACGAGGUGGCCGCUCGCCCCGCCAGAGAGCACCCCUUGACCAUCGCGGAGAAGAGGAGAUUAAGGUACUGUCAGCAGGCUGAUAUAAAAUAUUUAUCUGGAUGGAAACAGUGGAAAAGAACUAGCAGUAAGUCAUUGAAAAAAGUCCUCAGUGAAGUCAAGGAAUUGUCAUCUUACCUGGAGCUUUGGCGACAUGAUAUUCAUAGCAUAGAAGGGAAAUUUGGUACUGGCAUCCAGUCCUACUUCUCCUUCCUGCGUUUUCUGGUCCUGCUCAAUUUUAUAAUUUUUAUCCUGAUGUUCAGUCUUGUUACCCUUCCCAGCAUCAUUUCUAAGUAUGGAAUGUUCAACAGUAGCUUUGCUAAAAUUCCUCCAAAGAACGUAGAGCCUCACUGCACAGUUUAUGAACCUAGUGGUAAUAAGGGACUUGUUUACUUCUAUACUUACCUCAAAGAUUUGCUCAGUGGCACUGGAUUCCUUGAAGUGACAGUUUUGUUUUAUGGCUAUUACACGAUAGAUGCGGAAUGGAUCAGUAUCCAGAAGUACAACUUGCCACUAGCAUAUCUGCUGGCUACAUUUGGCUACCUCGCGUUAAGUCUUGUCUGGAUAAUAAAAAGGUCUGUGGGAGGAUUUAAGCAGAACUUGGUGCAUAAUAAAGAUCCAUUUCAGAGUUAUUGUAACAAAGUCUUUGCAGGCUGGGACUUCUGCAUUACAGAUCCAAAUGCAGCACGGCUAAAACAUCGCAGCUUGCAAUAUGAGCUCCAAACAGACUUGGAGGAAGAAAGACUGAAGCGAAAAAUAGCUGACAGGACAACGAAAGAAAAGCUACGCAUCUACUCUCUGAGAAUAUUUAUAAAUAUAAUUGUCAUUGCAGUUUUAUCAGGAUGUUUUUACUCUAUUUAUAGAGCAACUGUCUUCUCUCAAGAAAACUCUAACGACGUCAGCAACAUGAACUUCCAGGCUAAUCUCUUAGUGCAGUAUUUGCCUUCCAUGGUAAUCACAUUGGCCAACUUCAUUGCUCCUCAGAUCUUCUCAUUUCUGAUCAGAUUUGAAGAUUAUUCACCAGCCUUUGAGAUCAGGCUGACGUUGAUGAGGUGUGUCUUUGUGCGGUUGGCCAAUAUCGGUGUUCUCUUGUUCUCGCUGUGGAGUCAGAUCUCCUACUGUGCCACCGACAAGUGUAACGCCUGUGGAUACAAUUACGAACUCUAUCCUUGCUGGGAAUCUGAAGUUGGGCAAGAAAUGUAUAAGCUGAUGAUAUUUGAUUUUAUUAUAAUUCUUGCUGUGAUCCUGUUUGUGGACUUUCCUAGAAUGUUAUUAGUUACUCAUUGCUCUUGCAAGCCAGUUCAGUGGUGUGGAUUGCAGGAAUUUGGAAUUUCUGACAAUGUCCUGGAAAUCAUUUAUGGGCAGACUAUCUGCUGGAUUGGAACCUUCUUUUCACCACUUCUUCCUGCAAUAGCGACUAUAAAAUACUUCAUCAUCUUUUAUAUUAAAAAGAUCAGUUUGAUACACACACGUAAACCUGCAGCUCGGCCUAUCAGAGCAUCAAGUUCCAAUUUUUUCUUCUUGGUGGUGCUGUUGAUUGGGCUCCUCUUGGCUUUUAUUCCUUUGGGAAUUAGCAUAGCACAUAUCCCCUCCUCCAAGGCAUGUGGGCCAUUCAGGAAUUUUAACACUUCAUGGGCAGUUGUUCCACAUACCAUAGAUGGGUUUCCAACAGGUCUGCGGCAGGUGCUUUAUGGCAUAGCAUCAGAAGCCUUUGCAGUGCCUUUUUUUAUGGUCAUUUGCCUCAUUAUGUUCUAUUUUAUUGCCUUGGCUGGAGCACACAAACGAGUGGUUGAGCAGCUGAGGGAGCAACUGGUUAUGGAGAGUCGUGACAAGCUGUUCCUCAUCAGAAAGAUAACAGAGGCUCAGAGGCAUCCUUGAAAACCACAAAAAGCCAGAAGAAUUUGACUUCCUGAAACUCCCAGAACCACUAGAUAAGAGUAAAACCAUCUGCAGCACCUAAAAACUGUGCAGCUGACUGGCACCCUGGCACUGCCCUCUGUGUAAUGGACACUUAUGGUCUUUUUCUCGAUUAUGCUUGUGAGCCUCACAGUUUCCAAGACCAGAGAUGGAGCUCAUUUAUAUUGUUAGACCUGUCCAAAAAAAAUUGUGCAGUAGGACACUUUAUUGCUGCUACAAUUUAAGGGCUGUUGGGGUUUAAGUCCCUAUUUUUUCCGGGGGGUUGGGUAAAAUGUGAUCAGAACUGAAAUUUGUUUUCAGUUAAACUUCUGUUUAAGAACUUUCAUGCUCUUUUUACAAAUUACGCUUUAAGAAUCGUGAGGGAGGGGGAAAGUGUGGUUUCCCAUGUUCCCAAUUCCUUUCUCUUAAAACCAAAGCAAGAGGGAGACGUACGUCAGUAUUUUGAAAUGGUGCAUAGGAGAAGGAAAUGUCGCGUGGGUUUGAGGUCCGUUUGCUAAGUACUUUUGGAGAAGAGACUUUGAUAUUUAUUUUGCCCUGAGCCAGCGAGCGCAGGUGAGCAGCGGGUGGCUCCGCGGAAAGGCUCAGCGGAAGGACGGUGACGCAGGAGCUGUGGGUGAGCUCUGGGCAGCACCUGGGGCCUGCCUUUCGUUUUAAGUGGGUUAAGGCAUUAUUACUUGUGUUUUGUUCUCGUACAAACGUCUUGACUACUGUUCUCUUUGUUCUAAAAUGUGAAUAUUUGAGAGUUAAGUUAUAGUUUGGAAAUGGAACAUUCAGAAACUUGCGUGUCCGUAACCUUUAAAUUCCUGUUUCUUGUUGCUUAAAUGAGCUGCUGGAGCUGUGUGGCUCGGAGGGGGCGGUGUUUCUGAGAUCACGGACCGUUUCCUUCAUUCAGAGGUUGUGCGUUGGGGUUUUCUGUACAGAACUGUGUUUAUUACUUGAAAUUUGCCAGUGGCACACUGACAGUAUGUGAUAGUGUGUGAUAGAUAGUUAGUAUGCUCUUUUUGUGUAAUAUUUCGGGAUGUCUCCUGACGUCAUUUUAAAGAAAUUA